AUGGGCAAGGGUCUCUCGCCUGCAUCUCCUGCCAUGUUCAGGCCCGAAACCGGCGCCAACAUCAAGGCAGCAACUCAGAUGCAAGCCCAAACCCUCGAUCCUGCCCGCUCUGCUCGACCUGCAUCUGCCACAAACAUUGCCGAGCAGCUGGACGACCAAGAGCGUCGCAAAUACGUCAAGGGCAAAAAACUCGGUUCCGGUCAAUACGCCGACGUCUUCUCCGCCCACCUCGUCUCGGAUCCCACCCAGCUCGUCGCCAUCAAGAAGAUCAAGGUCGGCCCCGAAGUCCAAGAAUGGGGCAUCUCGCACGAUUCCCUGCGCGAAAUCAAGUUCCUCCAAGAGCUAUCACAUCCCAACAUCAUCCGCUUGUUCUCCGUCUUUUCCACAAAGAACCAGAACCUCAAUCUCGUUCUCGAACAACUGCCCCAGGGUGAUCUCAUGAAGCUGAUCCAGGACACCACCAUCGACUACAGUCCUAGCGAUAUCAAAGCCUGGAUGAGCAUGUUGUCCCGCGCCGUCUGGUUCUGCCACCAAAACUUCGUCCUGCACCGCGAUAUCAAGCCCAACAACUUGUUGAUAGCCGCCAAUGGCGAGAUCAAGCUUGCCGAUUUUGGUCUUGCUCGUAGUUUCGCCGAUCCUCACGCCCCCAUGACUUACAACGUCAUCACCAAAUGGUACCGUCCUCUGGAGCUUUACUACCAGGCCAACUUCUACUCGGGCGCCGUUGAUAUCUGGUCCGUCGGCUGCGUCUUUGCCGAACUUGUCAUGCGUUACCCUUUCUUCUUCCAGAACCCCGACGGCGACCUUGCUAUGAUAGGGAGGAUUUGUGAACAAGUCGGAACUCCUACAGAAGACAACUGGCCGGGUGUCAGCAAACUACGUGGCUACGUGCCCGUCGCAAAAGAAGACGUCAAACCGGUCAAGAAGCGUGCAGACUGGGAAGCCAAUUUUGGUACCGUGGGUCCCACAGGCGCAGACUUGCUAAUGCAAAUGUUUGCCCUAGACCCACGCAAACGUCCGACCGCUGCACAGAUCCUCGAACACCCCUACUGGACUGCCGAUCCUCGUCCUUCACGUCUCGAGCAAUUGCCCCGUCAAGGAGGAGGUUUGGAUGCCAUGGGUGAAGAUCUUAAGAGACGUGGCGGCGAGCUGCCCGACGCUAGGGGUGCCAAGGUGGCUCGAAAGAUCGACUUUGGCUCUAUGAAGGGCUGA